AUGUCGGCGCAUUCCUCGUUGGUAAACAUCGAAGGCACCAUGAGCUUGGACGCGGCUGGUACGGCGACCAUCCGCUUGACCAAAACGAGUCCUACAUCAUCAAAUUCAUGUCCAUCCGCAACGACAACAUCGGCGUCCAAAGGACUGGAUCUGUUUCCGGUUGACAAGCCACCAUCUUCGGAAUUCAUUCUGGGUGGCAUAGAGAACAAUGCCUUCGAGUUCCAUCCUUCCAAACGGAAUCUUUCCUCGCGCCAAGUCUACGUUAUGCUGUACAACAUCCAGGGCAGGCUUGGUCUCAUGAAGGGAAUGGACGGCGGAUGGUCGAUCACCGCGAGCAAGCAGCUGUUAGACAUGCUAAAAAAGGCUAAGAACCGAAGCAAUCAAGCGACAUCGUCUUCUUCGGCACCAUUGGCGAUUGGAGAUAAAGACCAAGUGAUGGCGAUUAUGGACCAAGAGGGAAAAAACGACGAGGACAAGGAGACUGUCAAAGCCACGUCCGACAGCUCAUCGGAUGAUGGUGAAAGCAACUGGGGCGACACCAGCUCAGACGAGGCUAGCAAGAAUAGCGGCAGCGCAAGCACGGCAUCCACGCCAUCCCCAGUGGAUCUGAGCACGUGGACCUCCGAUUGGCACGACACCUACGUUUGUGCUCUGGACCUGGUGACCCCACGGAUGGUCGAGAACAGUCCAAAGAAAAAGCGUAUCAUGAACAAGGUCCUCCGCACGAUCAAGAAGGCGAAGAACAAGUUCGAGAGCCUAUGA